UCCACUCACGGUGUGGUUCUUCGUUGCAGGGCCUGAUGACAACGUUGAUGAUGCCGAGCGAUUACGGAGUGGAGAUGUUCCUCGGGUCGUCCCCUGUGCUUACCUCGGGUUACCUAUCUACCCAGCCCUUUAUCCAUGACUUUCCCAGGCUGACUCCCCUCCAGGCAGCUCCCUUGCAGUCCACACCUGUCAGUCCAACCCAUUUCAAGCCACGCCCUUGCAUAACCUUUGGGGAAAACAACAGCCAGUCAUGUGGCUCCACCCUCAAUAAUACUGGUUACAUGAGUAAUUUUGAUAACGAGCUGUUCUCAACCACAUACAGUAGCAGUAACAACACCACCAACAAGAAUGGAGCCCAGCCUUGGUCUAGUGAAAGACGGUCGCCCCCCCCAAAAAGGAAAACCAGUUUGCCUUUGCUGCUGCCAAUUAAAUCCUGUCUAGUGGCUCGCCAGGAGGAGGAACAAGAGGAGGGUGCUAUCUCCCCAACGAGAUUAAAGAAAAAGGUUGUGUUUGCCGACACUCAAGGUCAUCCACUGAAGAUCCGCGUCCUCACUGAACGUCCAGACUGUCCACCAAAAUGGUCAGCGGACUUCGUUGAGCAUGUUCUGCAGGUGACUGGAGGUGCCAAGGCCGAAGCUGUAUGUGACCAGUGGGAGCUAGCGUUUGCUCAGCCAGCUUCAGACUAUCUGGGAAUGAAGGCACGAUUAGAAAAAGACAAUGUGACCUUGGAAAACGUCGUAAUCAAGGAAAUGGAAAACAGAGUACAAGGAACAGUGAAGGUAAUGCGAAACCUGUCCUUCCAUAAGAGUGUCAUUGUGAGAUACACGAUAAACAAUUGGAUUUCACAUGAUGAAAUAGAAGCGAGUUUUGUGCCCUCGCUCUCAGCCACAUGUUGCUUCUACAACCUCUACGAUACCUUCACAUUCAGCUUGCCCUUGCCUGGUUCUACUCAAGCAGACAAGGUAGAAUUCUGCAUCUGCUUCAAGAGUGAGCAAGGAGAGUUCUGGGACAACAACAAUAGCAAGAACUAUGUGAUAGUAUCGUUCAGACCCAAGACCACGCCACCGGAGUACAAACCCAAAGAUAUUUACGAUGUGACAUUAGAUUCCUGGACUGAGUUUGCUUCUUGGAAUCAUCUAGACAUCAAUGAUUCACCAUAUUGGUGAACCAGUAAAUGAGGGUUCGAGAUGAAACAAUAUUCGAACCCCCAUACCUACGUUACCUAGAUAACAGUGGUCUGGUGGUGCUACUUAUGUUAAUAAUGUUUUGUCGAUUUGUGCAUAAGCAAUGUUUCUUACGGUUCAUUAAAGCAGUGAUGUAGACCAUCCGUGUUUAUGCAUUUAUCGUUACACUACAUGAUGGGAGUGGCUCGGAAUUAGCGGCUAGAAAGAAUGAAUGGACGUGAAUUCGUAAAUUAAAUAGAAUGGUAGAGCACUAAGUGAGUGGUAUGGUGGUACCACUGUUCAUAGUCAUCACUGGAGCCACAGGGCUGGCCCACCACCCAGUGCAACAUAGGGCCAGCUCACCACCCAGUGCCACAUAGGGCAGACCCCCAUCAUCCAGAUAGCUAGCAAUCUUCUGGCGUGAAGAAAGAAUGGGUGCUACUUUGGUGGUGACCAGGUUCACCCUCCCUCAAAUCCACUUCAUCAGCGCCAUCCAGUCACAAUUCCGCCCACUGGGAGCACCAGCAUUGAAGUGGGCAUGCAUCAUGGGUUACUGAGAGUUUCCUCGGACCCCCAGGGACAAACCAUCAACAAACAAGACUGGGGAAGAUCUUGUCAUGCGGGACAGGAGUGAUGU